UUUCAAUAAGAAGUGAUGACAACGAAAUGUGACAAUGACAUCAUAUUUUGCAUCGCAAUUCCGGUGGCAGUGCCCGUUAUAUUUUGGGGUGAAACGUUGCUGCAUGCGAUUUUGACUCAAUGCUUCAUACGCUACGUGCUGGUCCUUCAUUUUAUUUGGAGCGUCAACAGUGUGGCGCAUCUUUGGGGCGAUCGCCCGUACAACAGGCUGAUCAGUCCCCGAGAAAAUUCCAUAGUUUCUUUGCUGACAUCCGGUGAGGGGUCUCACAAUUAUCAUCAUACGUUCCCCUGGGAUUACAAGGCUUCUGAAUUCCCGUACUUGAGAUUCAAUCUUACCACAUUAGUAAUUCGUGCUUCGUCAAAAAUUGGAUGGGCGUAUGAUUUGCGAGAACCAUCACGUGCCUUCGUGCAAAAAGUUAUCCAAGAAAUUGGUGAUAAGCCUAACGUAUCGUCCCUGAUUCAUUAACGCGGUUACAACCUAGCCAUUACCUCAAGUACAUCAAAAGCAUCGAAAACAUUGUGAUAUUG